AUGUGGACCCACGAGAUCUUAAAAGAUAUUUGGAAUGGAGAGAACAUCCCAGAAGAUUGGAGGACAAAUAUACCAAUGCCAGUGUAUAAACAGAAAGGCGAUGUAUUAGAAUGUGGGAAGCACCGUGGUAUCAAGCUCUUGGAACACCUCUUGAAAGAUACCUACGAGAGUAUAACCACAAUGGUCAGAACGCCACAGGGAACAUCGGAAGAAUUUGGAGUGAAAGCCGGCCUUCACGAAGGAUCAAGCCUGAGUCCACUCCUGUUCAUAAUAGUUCUCGACGUGGUGAGCGAGGAGUGUGGAGGAGGAUUGCUCUGGGAAAUAAAAGCUGAAAUUAAUAUAUUCCUCAUAUCAUAUUAUUUUUCCCAGUAUUGA